AUGCUUGGGAAAGUCGCUCUGGAAGAGGCAUUUGCCUUGCCACGCUUCCAUGAACAGACGCGGUGGUGGGCAUCGCUCUUUGCAGUUGAUGCAGAGAAGCAUGCCGCUGAAAUCACUGACAUUCGCCAGAAAAGGAUUGAGUAUAUGGACAAGUACGGCGUGGGAUAUCAGAUCCUCUCAUAUACAGCGCCUGGGGUACAGGAUAUAUUCGACCCGAAGGAGGCGCAAGCUCUAGCUGUUGAGAUAAAUGACUAUAUCGCUACCACUAUUAAAGACCUCUCUGAGCGCUUUGGGGCAUUUGCUACCUUGUCUAUGCAUGAUCCGAAAGAAGCAGCUGCCGAAUUGUGCCGCUGUGUGACGCAGUACGGUUUUAAAGGUGCGCUGGUUAAUGACACGCAAAGAGCCGGCCCCGAUGGAGAGAAAGCCAUCUUCUAUGACCAGCCCGAAUGGGAUGAGUUUUGGGCCACUGUGACUGACCUCGACGUGCAAUUCUAUCUCCAUCCGCGAAACCCCACUGGGAAGAUCUAUGACGCUCUGUGGGCCGACAGAAAAUGGCUCGUUGGACCUCCUCUUAGUUUUGCCCAGGGUGUGAGCCUCCAUCUCCUCGGAAUGGUAAGCAAUGGGGUCUUUGAUCGCCAUCCAAAGUUGCAGGUCAUCAUUGGACACCUGGGUGAGCAUCUUCCUUUUGAUCUGUGGAGGAUUAACCACUGGUUCGAGGACGUGAAAAAACCACUCGGCCUGAAAGAGAGUUGCAAAAAGACGAUCAGGGAGUAUUUUGCACAAAACAUCUGGAUUACCACCUCUGGCCACUUCUCGAGUCCUACCCUUCAGCUCUGCUUGACAGAGGUUGGGGCAGAUCGGAUCUUGUUCUCGGUUGAUUAUCCUUUCGAAAAUCAUAAAGACGCAUGUGCUUGGUUUGACGCGGUGGAGUUGAACGAGAUUGACAAGGAGAAGAUUGCUAAAGGAAACGCGAAGAAGCUGUUCAAACUCGGCAAGUUCAAGGAUGACAACGCAUGA